GGAACAAUGCCAAAAUCAAAAGAACUUGUACCUUCAAGCUCAUCUGCCACUGAUUCGGACAGUGAAGUUGACAAAAAGGUGAAAAAAAAGCAAGCAGUGGCCGAAAAGCCUGAAAAGAAACAGAAGACUGGUGAAAGCUCCAAAGCUGCUGCCUCCUCUAAGCGAAGUAGCAACAGUGAUGAGAAUAUGUUUCAGAUUAGUAAAAUAAGAUAUGUCGGUGUUCAUGAUUUUAAAGGUAAAGUCCUAAUUGAUAUUACAGAAUGCUGGAUGGAUCAAGAAGGUGAAAUGAAACCUGGCAGAAAAUGUAUCUCUCUAAAUCCAGAACAGUGGAGCCAGCUGAAGGAACAGAUUACCGAUACUGUAGUGAUGAAGCAGUAA